AUGGAGGAGGAGGACGAGCUGAGGCUGCGCACCCGCUGGCUGCUGACCGAGUUCCUGGAGCACUGUGCCCAGAGGCCCAGCAGCACCCUGCGGCCGCCCGCCACGCCCGAGGCCGUGGUGCUGCGCUCCCUGGCCGCCGGGUCCUGGCUGGGGACCCCGCACUCCUGGUCCCAGCGGCAGAGACACCGCGUGGAGCAGGUGGUGGACCAGGCGGAGUGGCUGGUUCCUGACGGUGCAGAGCCCACCUGGUUCAGCGUGCUGGCGCUCCUGUCCUUCGCGGGGGCCCUGCUGGAGUGCGAGGCCACUGUGGACAGGGACUGCCAGCGCCUGGCGGCCUUCCUGGGCGGCUGGCUCACCAGGAGGCACCGCGCCUGGGUGGAGGCGCACGGUGGCUGGGACGGCUUCUGCCACAGCUUCCUGCCUGCGCCGCAGGCUGCUUGGGGCAUGCUGCUGGCUCCACUGCUGAUGUCAUGCCUCAUACACAUCCCCUUAAUCUGCUUGUGGGUAAAAUCAUGGUUGCAAGAUGUUUAA